CCUUUGACCUGUGGCAGCAGCAGCAGCAGUAUUCUUGGUCCAUUACAGUGAAACAGCAAGGUUGGUGUCCAUCAUUCUGUGGGAUUCUUAUGGAAGAUUCACCAUACAGGGUCAACUAUCAGAUGCAAAGAGAUUAUUAUGAGGAAACCAUUAGAGACUGUGGACCCUGUGAGGAAUCUGGAGUGUGUUGUUCCUGUCAGGUUUAAGUUGAGUGGGCUUGUAACCAUGCCCAGUGCUCCAUAGACUAAAGACCUUUGGACCCUGACCUGCCCAUCAACCAUGGUUCCCAUGCUCCCCAGCCCCAAACUGGGAUCAGAUUCCACCCCUCUGGAGCGGAACUGCAAACGCCACAGAGUGCAGCAUGUCAGGAGGAAACUGCGUCCUUCGCGGAUAUUUGGUUUUAUUGUUAGCAUCUCUGCCCUCUCACUGUUCCUGUCUUGGAGUGCCUUCACUUUUACAUUGGGCCCAUUCUCAAGAUGGAUGCCACUCACCUCACUCACCAACCAUGAGGGACUAGCAGAGCCAGUGCCACCUAGAACUGUCCUUUCUUUUGAGGAAGAGCACAAUGUUUUGGCGGAUGUGCCCGUUGCCAUGGCGUCAUCUGACGAGCAACAUCAAGGGGAUUACCCUGAGGAUCUUUUCACACUGGAGGAGAGAAGACAAGGGGCUGUGGUGCUGCAUAUGUUCGGCAUGAUCUACAUGUUCAUCGCCCUCGCCAUCGUAUGUGACGAGUUCUUCGUCCCUGCGCUCACCGUUAUCACAGAAAGACUUGAGAUCUCGGAUGACGUGGCUGGUGCCACCUUCAUGGCCGCUGGAGGUUCAGCUCCUGAGCUCUUCACUUCUGUGAUCGGUGUGUUCAUCUCGCACAGUAACGUGGGCAUUGGAACCAUCGUGGGUUCUGCUGUCUUCAAUAUCUUGUUUGUGAUCGGGAUGUGCGCACUGUUUUCACGUGAGGUUCUAAACCUCACCUGGUGGCCUCUAUUUAGAGAUGUCACCUUUUAUAUUAUUGGACUAAUUAUGCUAAUCGUCUUCUUCCUGGAUAACUACAUUACCUAUGUUGAGAGCAUUGGACUGCUGCUCUGCUACGCUACCUAUGUCACGUUCAUGAAGUACAAUGUGACUGUAGAGACUUUUAUCAAAAGCAGACUAAACAUGAACCAAGUGGACGACACUGAAACUCCACCUAAGGUUAACAGUACAGGAGAUGAUGAGAAUAAACUUUCAGCUAAACACCGCCUCCAGAGAGGAGGAAGCUCCGCAUCUCUACACAACACUCUAAUGAGAAACAGCAUCUUCCAGCUAAUGAUCCACACACUUGACCCUCUCAGUGAAGGGAAGUUUAAGGAGAAGGCGUCUAUUCUACACAAGAUUGCAAGAAAGAAGGGGGAAGAUGAUACAAAUGGUGUUGUAGAUAAGAACCUUGCCAACAGCACUAAUGUGGAGGUGGAGGUCACUCCGCCCAUGAAUGGCAGAGCUGGACCUGAGGCAGAGGAGGAGGAGGAUGAUGAAGACCAGCCUCUGAGCUUGGCAUGGCCAGAGACGGCAAGGAAGCAAGCAACAUACCUCUUAAUAUUCCCCAUCGUCUUUCCAUUGUGGCUGACACUGCCAGAUGUCCGCAGAAAUACUUCAAAGAAGUUCUUUGCCAUUACAUUUUUGGGAUCUAUUAGUUGGAUUGCUGUUUUCUCCUACCUGAUGGUGUGGUGGGCUCAUCAGGUUGGCGAGACUAUUGGAAUCACGGAGGAGAUCAUGGGUCUGACCAUUCUAGCAGCUGGUACCUCCAUUCCAGAUCUCAUCACCAGUGUUAUUGUUGCACGGAAGGGUCUGGGAGACAUGGCCGUGUCCAGCUCAGUUGGCUCCAACAUAUUCGACAUUACUGUGGGCCUGCCAUUUCCAUGGUUACUGUUUUCAAUGAUCAACAACCUGAUUCCAGUGACAGUGAGCAGCAAUGGUCUGUUCUGCGCCAUCGUACUGCUCUUUCUUAUGCUACUCUUCGUCAUUAUCUCCAUUGCCAUAUGUAAGUGGAGGAUGAGCAAGUUCCUGGGUUUCCUCAUGUUCAUCCUGUACUUUGUCUUCUUGGUGGUCAGCGUAAUGCUGGAGGACAAGAUCAUCGUCUGCCCAGUCUCCAUCUAAUUCCUUUUCCUUUAUGUCCUUUUCCUUAUCUUGGGUCACAGUCCAUUCCUUCUCACUUAAAGCUCAGGGCAUUCUAACUAUAACAUGGAAACUUGGAUGUAGCAAUGUGUCCACAAAUCCACUGAAGUCUGAGUAGCAUUUUCUGUAGCAAUAUUCUACAAUAUUCUACAUGCAUUCACAAAGGCAGUACAUAGAGACUUGAUGUACUGUAGAUUUAGCCAUUUUUUAAUAUGCUGCAUGCAGAGGCUGGACUUGAACAGAGGGACUUUAAGACCUCCAUCCAAGCAGGAGGCGGACAUCUAUGGAGAAUGUCUAUAGACUAAGGAAGACCUAUGGUGCAAAUAUGUAAUAAAAGUGUGAUGAGGCAGGCGAGGAAUGAGGCUCUAAAUGCAGCUUUAGUAACACAAAAAUACUCAGAAUAUAAGGAAACAAAACACAGAGACCCAAGCACAGAGCAUCAAACAAUACAUGCGAAGACUGACGAAGAAACCAGUGGAAACAAGGGCUUAAAUACACAAGGGCAAACAAAGGAAGAAGGAACACCUGGGGAAAACAAUCAGGGGAAAACCGAUCAAGAAAUAAAACUACAAAGGACUACAAAACUAACACAGGAAACAGGAAUGGGGAACUAAACAAGGAUUUCAAAAUAAAAGUCUAAGCACAGAAACAGGGAAUACGUGACAAAAAGAAAUAAAUACCAACCUAUACAACAAAAGAACAAAAUACUGGUACUAUACUGGAUUCUGGUACUGCACUUUAAAGCUCAUGAUAUUAAAAGCCUUGUAUUGCUCAAUAACUGACAAAGAAACAAAGAAAGCAACAAAGCUCCAUAUUUGCUUUGUCUGAACAUUGGUCCUUUCUGAUUGUUACUUAAGCAUUUUCUUUCUGAGUAUAUCAUAUAAUUUAUUAAAUAGACUUGUAGACAUAGUGUUCAGAAGUCUAGGCCUACAAAUAAUCAGUAUCCAACUCACAGAUUUGGAGCAUUCAUUGAAUUAUUGAAUAUAA